GUUACCAAAUGUUUUCUAGUCAAAAGUAUUUUUAUUGGCGGCACUUUUUUGUCACGGGAGGACUUUUCUUUUUUAAAGUUAUCUGUCUUUUACCUUUAUAUUCUCUCUAAGUGAUUUAAAUAACCUUUAAGCCAAUAUGAAUCCAACUGUCGACUGUUCCGAGACCCCAGUACUAAAAAAGAAACCUGAAUUGGAUGGGGAGCUCAUUAUAAAAGAAAAGGCUGAAAAGCAUUAUGAAACAGGUAUUAUUUCCAUGGCACAUUCUCAGUUUGAUAAGGCCGUGUCCUGUUUCUCAAAGGCCAUAGUGCUCCAGCCACAUAAGACUCAGUUUUAUGUCCAGCGGGCAGAAGCAUAUCUUCAACUGUGUGACUUUCAGUCUGCAGCACUGGACUACAAACAUGCCAGAAGACUAGAACCACAAACUGAGGCCUACCAUCAACGACUCGCCUUCAUACACUACCUACAGGGCCAGUGUCUUUUUGAUCUAGGCAACUUUCUGGAGGCUUUAGAGUCCUUCACAAAAGCUGCAGAACUCAAACCCGACUUUCAACCUUAUCGUAUGAGAAGCUUAGCUUGUCUGAGCGCCCUGGGUCGUUACUUUGACUGUCUUCGACUGGUCAAUAACUGGCUGGAGACGGAUGGCCUUUCAGCAGAUCUCUUCACUCUGAGAGCUCGCCUUCACCAUCAGCUCAAUCAGAUGACCCUGUGCUGUCAUGACUUGAAGUCGGCACUCAGCAUGAAACCGUGCUGUCCAGAGGCGCUUGCACUAUUAGGGAGACUAAAGGAAGCAGCGGAAGAGUCCCAUCAGGCAGCUGUUGAUAAGGCAUUAAAGGGAGAGCUUUCAGAGGCACUGGGCAAAAUAAACAGUGCUAUGGAGUUCAUCCCAAAUAAAGCACAGUACUACCUAUUCAGGGGAAUUCUGUAUCGGCGCCUAAAAGACUUCACUGCUGCCAUUGAGGACUUGGUUCUUGCUGUUGAGUUUUGUGGGAUUGAAGAAGAAUCUCCUCAGGGAAAGCCCCAAGAUGACUCUGAUGGUUUAGAGGAAGAAGCACAGACCCAAAUGGUGCUCACGUACAAUGAUUUUGCCAUUCAGUGCUUCUCCCAGGGUCUGUACAGUGAAGCUGUCAUACUGCUGAACAAGGCCAUAGAGAAACAAAGAGAUGCAAGUGAACUGUUCAUCAACAGAGGAGAUAGUUUUUUUAAGCAGUGUGAAUGGACCUUUGCUCUGGCUGACUAUCAGCAAGCUGAGGAGUUGGACCUGGAAAACACAGCUAUCUGGCUACGACUUGCUGUUAUUCACAACACACUGGGUCUGCAGAGCUACGAAGACAAGAAGUUCCAGGAAGCAGCAGAAAGGUUUUCUGUUGCAAUAAAGUACAACCCUGGUGUAGUUCAGUAUUAUGAGAAUCGAGCCAAAUCUUUUAACAAACUGGGCAAAACAGAGGAGGCCAAAAACGAUGCCAUCAGUGUUCUUGUCUUAGAGCCCACCAAUGACCAGGUGGUGCCAUUGCUGUUAAGUCUGCUCCCAGGAUGCUCCUUGACUGAUAUCAUGUCGUGUGCCACUGCACAAUCUGUCAAAACCCUGCUCAUGGAAAAGAUUGAAAUGUUCAACCUUGCAGUCUCCUGUAUGUCAAGAGUAGGCAGAAUGGCCCUCGCCAAGGAUGACAGUCAAUCACAAUCAUCCUCACAGAAGUUACAGGGGCAGAAGACGGAACCUUGUGAUACUACAGUAGACGUUCACAGCAAACUAGUCAAGAAAAAACAACAGCUGAAUCAAGCUGUGAAAAGAGUCCUGCAGCAGAAACAGCCCCUGCACUUUGACGGACCCCGUCUAGCCCCCGCCCGCCCCGUUCGUGAACACCCCAGCGCGCAGACCCAGCGGCCAUAUGUGUGGAGGAAGUUUGGGGGCUUCGGACUCAAUUGUUGAAGACUGGAUAAAAAGAUGCAUCAUACACAGCAGCAGAGGGUGUAGCAGUUGAGUUUGGCUGCGUUACGUCCCGUUCCAGCAUAACGGUUCUUCUUGGGCAGCAGCAGAAUAAAGGACAUGGCCAGAGACACGUGGUAGAAACUGUGAACAUAAGCGUAGUCCCACUCCU